AUGGAGAAGCAUAUUUUCUUCGUAUGGCUGGUCUUUUCUUCACAGAUAGUAUUAGCAUAUCCUGCUAAACAUCAGAAUGACAUUGAAAUUUACAGCCUGAAUGUGGACUGCAAAGUUGCAUCACGGUUUGCCCACACAGUCAUCACCAGCAGAGUUGUCAACAGAGCUAAUGAAUCCAAGGAGGCUCUUUUUGAAGUAGAGCUGCCCAAGACAGCCUUCAUAACAAACUUCAGCAUGACUAUUGAUGGAAAAACAUAUCCUGGAACAAUAAAAGAAAAGAAAUCUGCACAAGAUCAGUACGAUGCUGCUGUUUCACGAGGGCAAAGUGCCGGAUUGGUCAAAUCAACUGGAAGAAAACUUGAACAGUUUCAUGUUACAGUCAAUGUUGCAGCAGCUGGAAAGGUUACUUUUGAGCUGAUAUAUGAGGAAUUACUAAAGCUGAAACAUGGGAAGUAUGAACUGCUUAUUAAAGUCAAGCCGAAACAGCUUGUUAACCAUUUUCAGAUUGAUGCUCAUAUCUUUGAACCCCAAGGUAUCAAUUUCUUGGAAACCAACAGCACCUUCAUGACUAAUGAACUAAGCAAUGCCCUCAAAAUCGUGCAGAAUGAGAACAAGGCUCACAUUUCAUUUAAACCAACCAUAACUCAACAAAAGAAACAUCCGGAACUGGAAGAAACUUUGCUAGAUGGGGAUUUUCUCAUACGUUAUGAUGUGAACAGGAGUGGCACCGCAGGCGAUAUACAGAUCAUUAAUGGAUAUUUUGUGCAUUAUUUUGCACCCACUCAAAUGCCAGUUAUUCCCAAAAAUGUAGUCUUUGUUAUAGAUGAGAGUGGAUCUAUGAUGGGCAGCAAAAUUCAGCAGACAAAAGAGGCCAUGAAAAAGAUUUUGGAAGAUCUAAAUCCUGAAGAUCAUUUUAACUUAGUUUUCUUCAGUGGAAGUGUGUUGGAGUGGAAGCCAUCUUUAUUGCAAGCAACAGAGGAGAAUAUACAACUGGCUAAACAAUAUGUUCAGACCAUUCGCGCUCAAGGAGCAACAGAUAUCAAUAGAGCCCUCCUGACUGCAACAGAUCAGCUGAACAAGGCCACUUCUUCUGAAUUACUGCUGGAAGGAAGCAUUUCAAUUAUAAUUUUAUUGACAGAUGGUAAUCCUACAACUGGUGUUACAAAUGUGAAUACUAUUCAAGAAAACAUCAAGAAAGCUAAUAAAGAAAAGUAUUUCCUCUACUGUCUUGGCUUUGGAUUUGAUGUCAGCUACACAUUUCUGGAAAAGAUGGCCUUAAGCAAUGGAGGAGUUGCUCGACGUAUAUAUGAGGACUCAGAUGCAGCCCUGCAGCUCCAGGGCUUUUAUCAAGAGGUAGCUACUCCCAUCCUGAAGGAGAUUGAAAUGAAGUAUCCAGAGAAUGCCGUACAAGAACUCACUCAGAAUAAUUUCAAAGUGCUCUAUGAUGGUUCUGAAAUUGCAGUAGCUGGAAAGAUUGGCAACGAAAUUGAUAUUUUGCCAGUGGAAAUUAAAGCUCAGACACAUACUGGUACCCUGACCCUUAAAGAAGAAGCAAAUGUAUUGGAAAAGGAACAAGUAUUUGAGCAUCAGAAGUACAUUUUUGGAAAUUUCAUGGAGCGAUUAUGGGCCUACUUAACCAUCCAACAACUAUUACAAAAAUCGAUUUCAGCUGAAGAGGAAGAGCAGAAAAGCCUGGAAGCCAAAGCUUUGGAACUCUCCUUGAAGUACAGCUUUGUGACACCCCUCACUUCCAUGGUGGUCACCAAGCCUGAUGCUGAAGAGGUGGCAAACAAACCUGCAGAGGCAGAUAAUGAGAAUUUAUGGAGAGAUGGAGGUCGUCAUACCACAGGAACAUGGAUGUAUUCACGUCGCCCCAUUAUGAACCUCAUGAACGGUUUGACUACUCGACACAGGGAUGUUCAGCUUACACCUUUAGUCCAGACAGAGCCAAAUAAUGAGAAUUUACGGAGAGAUGGAGGUGGAAGAAGAGGCUAUGUUUCAAGAAAAAGUCGAAUUAGAAAUAGACUUAGCGGAAAAUUUACACCCCUUCCUUCAACCCAUGAAUAUCCACAUUUCAUCUUACAUCUGCCUAAUGAAAAUAAGGAAAUUUGUUUAAAUAUCGGAGGACAUUUGCAAUUACCCAUAAGCCUGCUCUCUGAUCCUGAGAAAGGGAUCCAAGUAACUGGCAAGCUGGGAGAAAACAGACAAUUUGUGCAGUAUGAAAUUGCCUAUCAGAACCCUGAUAUACGAAUAGAUGUUAAGGAAGAAAUUGUGCUGAAUCAAACGGGAAAUGCAACCAUGCUCCCCUGGACAACCACUAUAAGUCUCACUGUCCAAAGCUUGAAGAUUAUGGUUGAAGAAGAUAAGAGUCUCACAUUAUCGGGAGCAGACAACAUCACAAUAAAAAUAUCCUAUGAGGAGUUUCCUGAACAUUUCCUUGGAUUAUAUUUCAUGGGCACUGACAAUUUUUCUGACCAAGUCACUGGACUUCUCGGUCAGUUUUAUUUUAAUACACAUUUUGAAAAAACAAAUCACAGGACCAAAACCAAAAUAAUUAUCCAAGGACAAAGCCACAAUGUCAUAAGGAAAAGCAAGAAAGAUUACAGGGUAGAGUCACGGAACAAAACCUUGGACUGUUGGUCACUGGUUAUAAAUCCUUAAGGAAAGUUUUCCAACAAUAAAAAAAGUUGCUGCUUAAAACACCAUUAUGCAUUAACUGACCAACCGUCUAAUUUUCCUUGGCUCCAGUUUUGUGGCUGAAUGCUUAAGAUUAAUCUGAUGGGGGUUUUUGACAACGAGGGACAUAGAUUAGGCUGUGAUCCUAUGUAUGCUUGCUAGGAUCAAACCCCAAUGUUACUGUAAGUACAUGUUUUGCAAGCACAUGAUGUUUACCUGAAUAUGGCUCAGGACCAUAGCAAGGAUAGAAAGGCUUUAACCGUAUCCCUGCCAUGGUGGUCCCAAUCCAGAAGGAAGGCCUCCUCCACGGUUGCAAAUAGGACCUUUUUCUUCUUCCUAGCAAAUAGUAGUCACAGGGGUUUCCAGUCCAGAUUGAGACUGUGACAGAGGGUAGUGAGAGCUGCCCCCCAUCCUGCCAUAGUCCUGAUCCAUGUGAGGCCUGAUCCUGCUGCUCUUUAGCAUUUUUUAAAAGCACAUACUUGCAAAGUACAUACAUGUUGUUUGACCAUAUGUUCCACUGAAAUCAGAGGGACUCAUUUAUGGACAACUGUGCAGUUACACUUAUAACCAGAAUAUGAGAUACAACUAAUAAAAAAAUUCUAAAAUCUA